AGAUCGAGAAACGAAGAGAAGGUCCGGUCGGCUCUCUUCUCCAUCUUUCGGAGAAGGAUAUCUCCCAAACCCUAACCCUAAUCGUAAACGUUGUCCUCUCACACGGGCGUCGGAUCGAAGGAAGGGGAAGAAGGAGGAGAAAAACCCUAAUCUUAGAGUUUGAUCGCCUAUCGCGGAGAAGAGGGGAUGGGGAAGAAGAAGAAGAGGACGUCGAAAGUGUGGUGCUACUACUGCGACCGGGAAUUCGACGACGAGAAGAUCCUGGUGCAGCACCAGAAGGCGAAGCACUUCAAGUGCCAUGUCUGCCACAAGAAGCUCUCCACCGCCGGGGGGAUGGCCAUCCACGUCCUCCAGGUCCACAAGGAGAACGUCACCAAAGUUCCUAACGCUAAACUGGGUAGAGAAUCAACAGAUAUUGAGAUUUUUGGAAUGCAAGGAAUUCCUCCUGAAAUCUUAGCAGCUCACUAUGGAGAAGAUGAGGAUGCCUCAGCAAAGGUGGCCAAAGUGGAAGUACCAUCUACUAGCCUUGUCAGUGGCCUUGUACCUGGUCCUUUAGGUGUUGGAUUUCCAGCAGCACCAACUUAUGGUGCAGUGCCACCAGUUUACAAUCCAGCAUUGCCAGCGCAGCCUCCGAGUUGGCCAAUUCCACCUCGGCCACAGUCUUGGUUUCCACCACAGCCACCAAUUCCAGUUCCUCCUGCACUGACAGUACUGCCACCACAACCACCCUUGUUUCCUAUUCAGAAAAUAACUCCACCUUUGACAUCCACUUCUGCUCCUGGACUUCAUUCAUCUUUCCAAGUUGGUCCACCUGGUUUGCCAUCAUCCACACUCCCUUCAGUAUCCCAACCAUUAUUUCCUAUCAAUAGUACUAGUAAUGUUCCUGCCCAAAGUGCCCCUCUUUUGCCAAAUACACCAUCUACAUCAAUUGCAUCAAGCUCUCCAACAGUGUUCAAGGGAGCCACUGACGUGAAUUCUGUAUCCAACACUCUUGCAACAAGUGGAUACCCUUCCCAAGGCAAUCAAGGUGGUGCGCCCUAUACAAAUUCACAUAUGUAUGCUUCUGGUCCUAACACAGGGGGGCCCUCGAUUGGCCCUCCACCUGCGAUAUCUAACAAAACACCUGCUACCCAACCAGCUGCCAAGGAAGUCUACUUGGUUUGGGAUGAUGAGGCAAUGUCCAUGGAGGAAAGAAGAAUGUCUCUGCCAAAGUAUCAGGUGCAUGAUGAAACUAGCCAGGUAAGUUAUAACUGCAUUUUGUUUGUUCAUUCUGAUAGAUGUGCAAACUCGUUUGCAGUGAUGGGUAGGCAAUUUAUUAUUUCUCUCCAGGGUUUUCUUUGGUACUACCGUUAAGGUACUUCUAUGAUUUGAUUAUGCCAUUCUGGAUUGUAUAACCAGAUAAUUAAAGCAUUGACUCUGUAAAAUUAGGAGUAACUGUUUUCAUAUUCUUGUUUAAACCAUGUGAUUCAUGGGAAAUUUCUUUGAUCUUUUAUUCCCAUCUGCUGCUUUGCUUGCAACACUGCCAUUUGUUGAGGCAUCAAAAGGUUCAAUUAGGUAUUUCACAUUAUUUUUGCUUCUAGUUAAUAUUACAAAUCUGACAAGCUUGUGCUGCAAAUGACUCGAGGGUUCACAACCUAGCAACGGCCCCAUGCGAAAAUGUGUAUGUAUUGUGCUUUAAUUGAAAUUUUUGUUGCUUAUUAUAGUAUUCAUCUCCCCUAUUGCUUCUUAACGAGCAUGGGGGUUUGUUUGGUACAAGAACAUUUGCCAGCAGGCUUUUGUCAAUUCGUAGCAUAUCUUGUUAUCUGUUUUUGAUCACAGUGUGGGACGAAAGUUUGGUACAGGUCAGCUUUCAUUCAGCCAGCAAGUUUGCUACCUCUUGCAUUAGUUAGAUAAUGCUUUUGGAAAAUUCUUUUAAUCUGGUGAAUAAGCACAGAUCACAGUCCCUAUCUAAUUGCUCUGUUGGUGCUACCGUUUUUGCAGAUGAACUCCAUUGAUGCAGCCAUAGACAGAAGGAUAUCUGAAAGCCAGCUCGCCGGUCGUAUGGCACUCUAGUUCUUUUUCUGAAGCUGGAUGUCAGCCAAAUCCUGUCAAAUCAUUUCAAUUAUAGGAAAAAUCACUUCAACCUUUUUUCUUUCUUGGGAGGCAUUAGUCAUCAGAUAGCCUGGUGUUUUCUUUCCAAAGCGGAAGGCUGCGAUCGUGUUGGUGCCAUUCUUUAGAGGCAUGUUGAGUGUUCAUUUAAUAAUUAUGUGCAUGGAGAGUUCUACAGUGAUUCUUUUUUAAGGAUAUGCUGUUAGCAGUACAGGUUCUCUCCAUUCUGAGAAACUUACUCUUGUUUUCUAUUAGGGAUCAUGCAUCUUCUCCGCGGUGAUUUGAAUUUCGUAUGCUAUACACUCAUUCGAAUAUUUAUAGUGAUGUCACUGGGCAUGGUCGAAUAAGAUUGAUGCCUUGAUCUGAUUUAGUAAAGCUUACCAUAUUUCAACAGUAUCGGUAGCCAAACUGUCAAAUUGGUAAAUGUAAUUCGAAGCUCUGCAUAGUUGUAUUGAGGUCUGUUGAUGCUUGCACUUUAUUAGUGCAUAAAAUAACUCUGUAUGAAUCUAUCUUUAAUGACUCCUUCACAUAUCUUC